UAAUAAGCCAAGAUAUAUCGUCUAGAUUGAAUGUAGAAAGAUCAUCAAGGUGAUAGGAGAAAUCCUGAAGAAAAUCCGGAUAAUUCCCACUGAUGACGUCUUGAUUAGUCGAGAGGUUUUUAUGGGACACAGGAGUUGACGUAGGAACACUCUGUGUCUUUGUAAUCCUCGAAUGCAUUCGUUGCAAAGCCAUCUUACACACUUGGAUGGACUCGCUUAAAGGCUCCUGUGCCUCAAGGAGGGCCAAAGCGUUCUCCCAAGCAUUUUGGGUCGCCGAGCGUGGGAAUAGAUCCAGUCGCAGAGUUGAUACGGCAAGUAUCAUGGCAGCAGUAAACAGUAUUUCGCGCUGCUGCAACGCAUUCAAAUGCGCACUGCUCCAUUAGGUACCGCGUCAGGCUUCCUCCGGGUGGGCUUUCUGGUUCCGUCCCUAAACAGCACCGCGCUAGUAUUGGUCUGAAUAGUAGGAUUCGUGGGUGGAGAAAUCUGAUAGUGAACUC